AUGUUGGAGCAGCCGCUGCCGCUGCAGAGGAUUGGGAAGACAUUCCUACUUCCAGAGAGUGGGUUUCAGGAUGUGGUGGAGACUGAAAAGUCGCCUUCGUUCUUCCAAGAGCUGGGAGAAAUACGCCUGAAGCCCGCAAGAUUUUGUUCAAGGAACAUCCAUUUCAAGUCCCGCAAUACACGGAAGGACCUCCGCCGCAGUGAUCCAUCGGCAGAACAAAUUCACACAGCCCUUCGCCAGAAGAGGUUCCAGAAUUCUCCCAGACGUUGGGCAUUCCCAAAGUGUCAUCCUCGAAGGGUUCAGGAAGGUUUGCACGAGCUGGACAUUACCAAGAAGGAUGAUGUUGAGAGGGUGAUUACAGAGUUCCGGCCUGACUUUGUGAUUCAUGCAGCAGCUCAGCGGUUCCCAGAUAAAGUGGACUCAGAUCCUGAUGCUGCGAGACGCUUGAAUGUCGACGCUACAGGCUACGUUGUGGAUGCAGCAGCCAAAGUUGGAGCUCCUGUCCUCUACAUCAGCACUGACUAUGUGUUUGACGGGAAAGGGGAAACUGCUUAUACUGUCCACGACAAGCCUAAUCCCAUCAAUUUGUAUGGGCAAACCAAACUGGAGGGAGAGGUUGUCACACUAAAAUGUCCAGAAAACAGUGUGCUGAGAAUACCAGUCCUCUAUGGACCUGUCCUGGAUCUGAAGGAAUCUGCAGUUACUUGUCUCUUACAACCUCUCCUGAUGACAACCAAAGUUGCGUACGUCUCUCAUCUGGAACGCAGAUGUCCCUCUCACGUUGAUGACGUUGCUCUCGUCUGCCUUCAGUUGGCUAAUGCUAGAAAGGACAAAACAGUAAGCGGAAUAUUCCAGUGGUGCGGAGAGGAGAAGAUGACCAAGUAUCAGAUGGUGUUGAAGAUGGCGGAGGUAUUUAGUAUCCCACAUUCCCACGUGAAGCCGGAGAUGAAGUUGGGAGCGAGUGCCACCAGACCUUUGGACCCACAGUUGGACUGUUCCCGGCUCAAGCAGUUGGGUUUUGGGCAGCAUACUCCGUUCGCCAAAGGAAUAUAUGAUGUUCUGUGUUCCUGGGUGUCUCUUAACAUCCACGUAGUGCCUGAUAUACGACCUUACACGGUUCCCACAAACAAACCGUAGAAUGUUGGUUCAGCAUUUUACCGGUUUCUAAGACCAAUUUCAACUAGUGAUUUAGUUAAUAGGUUAUACGAGGUCCAAUCAAAAAGUAUCCUACCUUUUGGUGCAACGUAAAACUGAAGUUACCUGAAAAAAGCUGGCGUUAAUUUUCUUCAAAAUAAGCACAAGCAACACAACGAU